AUGUCUAGACGAACGGGAGGGAUGCUGAAGCCCAAUUUGGGACUAAAAACCGGCGGGUUUGUGGGUCGACUUGCGAAUCAAGCACUUGAAGAUAUCGAUGAAAGUCCUUCUCAGACGCCAAAUAACGAAGAACCAAGAGAGGAAGCUGAACAGAUCAAUUCCAAGUCAAAUGUUAAAACUCUGACAGGACCUCCUGUUGAGUGGACGAGCUCAGAAGAUGAAGAAGAAGGCGAAGGCGAAGGCGAAGGCGAAAGCAAUGGAGAGAUCGAAGUUGAAGAAGGCGAACAAGACCAGAUUGAGAUCAGCCUAGAAAAUGCCGACAAUGAAGUGCCAGAAAUCGUUACGCCAUCUGAGCCACAGAUUGAAACAACCGAAGAGCCAGCGUUAGAGGAAGCUGCGCCAGUUGAAAGUCAGCAAGAAAACAUCCAAUCUCAAAGCACUCAAGCUCCCAGAAUGGCUUUUUCCGACCCUCCAGUCGCUUCUGCUCUUCCAGAAGAACGUCCUGAAAUAUCAUUCGAAGCUGCAUUGUCAAUGAUCUCGAAAAAGCCAAAACAAUCAACUCCAGAAGCAGAAACUUCUCAAGAAGCUCAACCAGAAAAACAAGAAGAAGCUUCUUCCGAAAAAACUAGACCGAAUCGAGGAGACCCAGUUGUUUCCAAGUUUUCUUCUCGUCUUGGAAUGGCUGAUCCAGAAGUUGAAGAAGAGAAAGAGCAAGAACAGCCCGCAGAUCCCCUUGAAAUGGGAAUCGAUAUCGGAGUCCUUCGAGGUCUUGACGAAGAUGAACGAAUAAUCGUCAUCCCUCCUCCUGAAGUUGAGCGAGAAUCAAAUGUUGAAGCUUCUGGCGAAGAAUCGGACCACACCGGCGUGGAGUCGGACAACUCUCACUCAGCCACGAUUCAGGGAGUGAGAGUCAACUUCAAAUCUGGGGCAGAGAUUCCCAAAAAAGUCGAAGAAGAAGCCGAAAUCGCCGCUCUCGACAAGCUUGAGCAUGUUCUCACGCCUCUCCCGCCUAGCAAGCCGGAAAAAUCUGAUACAAUCACCGAAACCGAAGAAAAGCUGCAAGAACUUCCACCUCCUCCUUCAUCCACAGUUGAAGGAAAAUGGGCUUGGGAAGCCAACGGUUCAAGCGAUCAACAACCUCCGCUCGUAGUUCAAGAUACUGUUACUGACACAGAUUCGCUUGUUUCAUCAAUUCCAGUAGAAAAGAAGAAAGAGCCGCCAGGGAAAAGCUUGGAUGAUGUUCAAAAGAUGCUUGGGUCUACUCUUCUCGAUGCAUUUGCUGAAGAAGAACUGAUUCAAGCAGAGUUAAAUGAUAUCAGAGAAAUAAACAGGCGCGAAAUGCUCAAGAAAAAGCCCCAAGCGCCGGAACCCAAACCAGAACCGCCAAAGAAAGAAGAGCCUCCUCAGGAGCAAAAACACGUGGGCUUCGCUGCUGAAGUAGAAGUCUCAGACGGAACAACAAAAAAAGAGCCCCUGAAAUCCGAUGAGAAGCCACGGCCGAUUCUCAAAUCAGAAUCCUCGAUCGAAGAGCCCCUCCAAGGGACUGGAUUCAACACUCCUCGACUUCAAAGACGCGUUGAAAAUCUUGAGGAGUCAUCAUCUGAAGAGGAAGAGUCCGAAGAAUCAGAGGAAGAAGAGACGGAAUCAGAUUCUGGAUCGGACCCCUAUGAAGAUGAUAUUUUUGCGGGGAAGGGAGAGCUUGGCUCCAAGUUAGAAAAGAAGCAGAUCAAAUAUGUCAAACCCGGGGUUCCUGUUCAUCCAAAUACAGACGCGCGUGUUCAAUUUAAACUUCGCGAUGAUGACCCGCAAAUGGUCACUGCGCUUCGGAAAGAAUUCCGCGAGUGCCCAGAAGUAGAGAUCGCAUGCGGCCCUCUUUUCGAAGAGGAACGCUGGGACGCGGUCAUAAUGCCGAUGACGAACUCUUUCGGUUGGACAGAUGUCGAUCCCGAGGAGGAAUUCAUGAAAGCAGCGAAGGCUGAUCCGGCUUUGCUUCAAGCGCAGAUCGAGUUGAAUCAUGGAGGAGAACUGCUAGUUGGAAACUGUAUCUUGUUGCCGGGGAAGAAGGAUAGACAAAGACGAUGCAAAUUUGUUAUUGCAGCUCCAAUAAUGCGGGUUCCCAUUAUGAUCGCCGACACAGUCAAUCCCUUCCUUGCGAUGAGAGCGAGUAUCGACGCUAUUCGUAGAUACAACUCAACAAAUCGAGAUGGUCAAAGAAUCAGAACAGUUCUGAUACCGGGCAUGGGACACGGAAUGAUCGGACGAAUGCCCGUUCAUAGAGUCGCCCAUCAAAUCCGACGAGCUUAUGAGAUCAGAGCUUUAGAAAAAGAUUCGGGCGAAGACUCAAAAGAUCCAGGAAAAAUCGUCAAACUACACAUGGACCUCGCGAAUUUUAAACUAGGCAGUAAAGUCUAA